UGGGAAUGCCCGGUGCAUGGGCUGCUGUCCCAAGCAUUCUGGCGGCCAGGAAGCGCCGGUGCCCGAGGAGUGGUGGUUGCGCGUGGGGCGCGCGCCGGAGCAGCUGCGCAGGCGCCUGGACGUGGCCUUCGGCGCGGAGGAGGGGAGAGGCCCAGGGGUCCGUCGCGAGUUCUUCCAGGUUGCAGUGCGCGCGUUCCUGGCGUCGUUUUUCGUCCCCACGGAGCGCACCCGGACCUACUGGUUCAGCGACGUGGACAGGCCAGAGGGGUACUUCGCGCUGGGGGCGCUCCUGGGGCACGCGGUGUUGCACGACGUGCUCAUACCGAACGCCUUCCCCUCCACGCUGUUCGAGCUGCUGCUGCGGGACAUCGGGUCGGCGAGCGCUACCAGAGCGCUCGGUCUCUCGGACCUUGCGGCGGCGUCGCCAGCGGAGGCCGACAGCUUGCGCUGCGUGCUCGACCACCAGGGAGCCGACAUCGGAGCUCACUUCGGUGACCUCGGCUGGGAGCGCACGAACCGGCUGAGGGGGGAGGCCUUGAGCCAGGCGACCAAGGAGCUCUUUGUGAGCGUGUACAUAGACUGGAGCCUCGGCGAGAAGAUCGCACGGCAGUUCGGACCCCUCAGCGCGGGAUUCCGCGCCGUGCUCGGGUCCUCCGUGAUGGUGCAGCGGAUGGUGGACGCCCCCCAAUUGGAGCGCAUCGUCUGCGGUGGCGAGGCCGGGGCUUGGGGUCGGGGGAGAGACCGCCGCCGUUGGUGAGGUCCUGCCUGUUUCUCCCUCUUCCCAACGCUCCCAUU